GAGGGGCGGGGUAACGGCAGCAUCGCAGAGCCCGGUUGCGGCCCGGCGGCUGUGCCCGGCGCCUCCCCGCCGGCCCGGCCCGGGCCUUCAGCGGAGGCGCCCUUCCGCGGGGGCGGUGCGAGCACUUGGGCUACUUGGGGCAGGGACGGGACUGGCUCCUCCGCCCUCCCGGCCCGCGUUCCGUCCGGGCGCAGCGCACACCCGCGGCAGGGCCCGGCGCCCAGGGGAUCGGUCACCCAUCCCCUGCUCGAGCACCGGCGGCGCGCAGGCUGCCGCUUUCCCCGGUAGCCAAGGGCCCUCCCUGCCCCUGGCCGAGAGUGUUUUCGCUUGGCCCCUUUGUCGCCGGGCCCCGAUAAAGCUGCGCGUCCUCCGUCCUAGAUGAAGAAUUGGGGAUGGUGAGAAGAAAAUCUAAAGCAGUCCACAGUAGCUGGCAAGCGCCCCCCAGUUUGAACCAACCUGUUAGCUAGAAUCCAAGCAUAAACCGAGCAGGCGAGAAAAAAGGCACCUAAAGUUCAAGCAUCAAGGAGUAAAGAGGGAGGGUGGACACAGAUAUAAAGACCUGGAAGAGGGGAAGUCUUUAUCAAGCAAAAGACAAAGCCAACACCAGGUUGAGACUUCGGCUUUCCUACAUUUAUUCAGAGUUCCAGAGUCAAAGCCAAGUCUGAUUUUGUUGGUUCUUCGUCUCUUAUAAAGUCCAUCUUGCAAGCCUUAAAGAGUAAAGGUCAAGGUUCAAGAUCAAGUGACAUUGAGCUAGUCAUAUUUGAAGAUGUUCGUGAUGCUGAAGAUGCUCUUUAUAACCUCAAUAGAAAAUGGGUAUGUGGCCGUCAAAUUGAAAUACAGUUUGCACAAGGUGACCGAAAAAAAAAUACUACUACUAAAGUACCUGUUACUGAGGUUUUCAGGUAAUAAAUUAUUUCAUAUUCUAGCACCAGGCCAAAUGAAAUCAAAAGAACGUCACCCUUGUUCUCCAAGUGAUCAUAGGAGAUCAAGAAGCCCCAGCCAAAGGAGAACUCGAAGUAGAAGUUCUUCAUGGGGAAGAAAUAGGAGACGGUCUGAUAGCCUUAAAGAGUCUCGACACAGGCGAUUUUCUUACAGCCAAUCUAAAUCUCGCUCCAAAUCACUACCACGGCGGUCUACCUCAGCAAGGCAGUCAAGAACUCCAAGAAGGAAUUCUGGUUCUAGAGGACGGUCAAGGUCCAAGUCCUUACCAAAAAGGUCCAAGUCAAUAGGAAAAUCACAAUCAAGUUCACCUCAAAAGCAGACUAGCUCAGGAACAAAAUCAAGAUCACAUGGAAGACAUUCUGACUCCAUAGCAAGAUCCCCUUGUAAAUCUCCCAAGGGGUAUACCAAUUCUGAAGCUAAAGCACAAACAGCAAAACACACUCAUUUUCGAUCACAUUCCAGAUCUCGGAGUUACCGUCAUAAAAACAGCUGGUGAACAGCCACAGAAGAGCGCUACAUAGUCUUGAAUGUGUUAUUAAACCUCUCAUUAUGUUAAAUAAAAAUUCUUCAAGGCUUAUAGAAAAUGUGAGUUACUUUGGGCAUGUGCAACAAAUAAAAUCUCUCUAGUUCUGGGUUAAAUAAGACUUAGUUUCAAUUUAAAGGGCCCAUACCACAAAUUAUGAUGUGUCUGAUCUGUCACCAUUUUAUGGACCGUUUUUUGUUUACAUUGUGGCAGAAGGAUACUUCUCAAAGGAAAUGGGUAAAAUGGAACUAAUGUAGAAAAUUCUACUUGGAUAUGAAGUAUUAGUAAUAUUAAUGAUACCUUUUACAAAAAUAUUUUUUACUUUAAAGCACUUUUACUUUCAUGUAAAAAGUAUGACUGUAUAAUUACAUAGGGCAGACUUAAACUGCUUGACGACAUAUGUCUCUCUUGUAUCUUCUGUUUAAACUUGGGCCAGUUCCUAGUGGAUAUUAGUUCAUAUUACAAAAUUCUGACAUUCCUAAAAGUAGGAUUUAUAUAGAGAUCAAGCAUUCAAAAGAUACAUUCUCUCCUGAGCUCAAAAAGCUUGUUUUUUUACUGUGUAGAACAGUAUAAAUAAGUUGACAUUAAGUUGCAUCCUGUACCAUGUUCAUUUACUUCAGAAGUAUCAAAACGUUUUAAAAAUACUGAGUUUUGAAUGGAGACUACUCUAAAAAUCAUGUGCACACUCAUAAUCCAAAAAUACUCAUAUUAAGCCUUAUACAUUUGAAGAGUGGUACAUUUUGUAUAAAAACCAUAUUUUAUAACAUUAUUUCUACAUACCUACUUUUCAUCUACUACUUAAUUUUUUCUUUUUGGAGUUCAGCUCAAGACUUUAAAUUGUACAGAAUAAGUCCUAUUAUUUUUUAAGGUGUUUAGUAUCUUGUAUUAAGGAAUUCAAGACUGCAUCCUCAAUAAGCUUUGUGGUAUUCAGAUUUACUUUACACUGCCCUUCAUUUUUAUAAACCAAAUAACUUUAUUGAUAUUGCUUUUGUAGUAGUUAAAACAAUUUCUUUAAAAAUGUGUUUGUAGUUUACGUUUUUCAGAGGGUUUUGGUAGUAUUUGUGAUAAAAUGGUUUUGCAUAUGAUUAUUAUAGGGGAUAUAUUUAUAGAGUUCUACUUGUGUACUUUGUUGACGUAUAUUGAAAAUUAAAAGUUCUCAGCCCAUAUAGUUAAUAUUUGUAACUAGAGUGCUUAAGAAAAAAAAUCUGUCUUAUAUUUUUGGCAUAUAGGAGCCAGUGUUGCUUCUAUUUUUUCUUUUAAUACAAAUUCCACUUUGCAUUUUCGACCCUAUGUAAGAAAUAACUUUACAAAAUAAUUUAUAUGCUGGUAAUAUUUGGACAAGUACCAUAAAUUCACAUAAACUGUAUAGUACUUUCUGAAUACAUUUUCUUUCUUUAAUCAUAAUAGCAAAAUCUUUGAAGUGUUCAGCUGUAAUAAAAUUUAGUCAUAAAAUUAUGUGGCACUGUUGAAAAUCUAAAAGAUAGUCCAAAGAAAGAACAAAUAUUAAUAGUGAUGUUUCAUAUUUUCUAAAUGUUUGGGUUUAUCCACACAUACAUGCAGUAAUUUGAAAUACUAAGUAGGAAUUGAUUAUUGUGUCUAUACUUUGCAUUUGAUUAUAUCUUAGUAAAAAGUCAAUACAGUGGUAUUUCUGAAGAUGCUUAUCCUUUGAUUUACCUCUGAUUUGGUUUUCCAUUGUAAUCUUUAGGCUGCUUAGGAGGAUACUAUUUGAUUUGAUGGAAAAACUGGAAUAAUAAUAGUUCAGACUUUUGUGAGCAUUUACUUGGCACUGCUCUAUAAGAUUUACAUUAUUCACUCAUCAUCACAAAAGCUGUGUGAGAUAAACACCACUGCAGAUAAGGAAAGUGAGAUGCAGAGAGGUUCAGUGAUAACCACUAGGUCACACACUAUUAGACUUCGGAGUGGACAGUGGCUGGGCUCCAGACUGCCCCUCCCUGACUGUUAACGCUUUUUGGAAGAGAAAUCUUUGACAGAUAUAUGCUAAACUAAGAUAAUGUUUAGAGGGAAAGGAGAAAAUAGAAUUAGGAAAAUAAAUGAUUAUAAGCUUUCACUGUAAAUGGGUUCUGUGACUAAGUGGAAACUGACAAUUGUGCUGGUUCCUUGAGAAAUUGUCUUCUGGGUAUAUCUCUUCUAGGAUUCACUUUUGUUAUAGAAUUGUUUCUUGGACCAUUUAGGAGAGGAUACUUAGGAUAAGAUUGUUAAUAAAUAAAGCAAAUGUUUUACACAUCUGUGAUCAUUUCCUUUAAAGACAAUAUAUUUACUCAGGUGCUUCUCAAGUUUAGUGUAGGAGAACUACCUGUCCACAUUUGUUCAGGAUCAGAGGAUAAGUUAAUGUCAAAGAAAAUAAAAAUGGCCAGUACAACUAUUUGUUUUCUUUCUCCCCAUGAAUAAUACACAAUUUCUGGGGGUGCCUGGGUGGCUCAGUCAGUUAAGCCUCUGCCUUCAGCUCAGGUCAUGAUCCCAGGGUCCUGGGAUCGAGCCCCACGUCGGGCUCCCUGCUCAGGGAGGAGUCCUUUUCUCCCUCUGCCUCUCCCCCUACCACCCCAUCCCCUCGCUUGUGUUCUCUUCUUGCUCUCAAAUAUCUUAAAAAAAGUAAUUUCUGUAUAGCAGCUGAUACUUGGGAGUUGUAAACAGUGGAAUAUACCAAAUUUUUUAUUUGAAGCCUAGGAUUUCAUCUUGCACUGGGCUAAAACUAAUUUUUAAAUGAAAACUAAUUUCAGGGCACCUGGUGGUUCAGUUAUGUGUCUGAUUACGGCUCAAGGCAGGAUCUCAGGGUUCUGGGAUCGAGUCCUGAGUCAGGCUCUGUGCUCAGUAGGGAGUCUGUUUCUCCCUCUCCCUCUGAUCCUCCUCCCCACUUGUGCUCACACUCUCUCUGUCUCAAAUAAGUAAAUCUUAAAAAAAAAAAAAAAAAAAACUAAUUUCAGGACUUUAUAUAUUAUUUGUAGUGUUUACUUGAGAUACAGCUGUUACAUUACAAAUAAGAAUGUCUACCUUUAUUCUCAUCCCACUGCAAGAGGCAAAAUUAGUAAAAAUCUGAAGAAGUAUUUAGAAUACUUCUACAAUUCCUCUAAACUAUAUUGAAAUUGUAAUUUAUUAGAAUUAAACAUUAAAAUUUGUUUUCCAGACAGGUGGUAGAAUAUCUGGAGUAUUUGUAUGUAGAUAAAUAUAUGCUACUUAGGGGCACUUGAGUGGCUCAGUUGGUAGAGAAUGACUCUUGGUCUUGGGAUGGUGAGUUUGAGUCCCACAUUGAGGGUAGAGGGUAGAGUUUACUUAGAAAAAAAAAUACACGGUACUUAGUAUGGUCUGGUGCAGAAAUGUUAACUUGGCAUCAUGGAACCAAAACUUUAGGUCUAGACCCGGUAGAUUUUCAGAUAAGUUCAUGACUUGCAAGAGUUUAAGGACCAGUGGUUCAGUGAGACCUGGGUUUUGGAGUCAGAACUUAACCUCUCUUUGACUAGAAACAUUCUCAAGUAUUAAAUGAUGAUUAUGCACCUUAGCAUCUAAAUCCCUCCCUUGAUGAAUAGGGUAUUUAGGAUCGUAUCAUGAACUCUGGCAUUGGUUUAUAAGGGUCAAUUUAGGCCUUCUGGAAAAUUUAUGUCUUGUAUGCCUUUAAAAAGAUGUUUAUAUCACCCAGGUGAUAGACAUUGGGGAGGGUAUGUGCUAUGGUGAGUGCUGUGAAUUGUGU